CCAACACCGGCCCAACCAUCUCAUUCCCCCCCAAAGCCUCCGGCAAUCGUCGCCGCCUAGGGUUUAGGCUUCCGGCCGCCGCAGCCUCCACGCAGCGAGCGAAAGGGGGAUCGCCGGAAGGGAGCCGCGGAGAUGAGCGGGAGCGCGUUCAACGCGUUCAAGUCGCGGGUGCCGGUGGCGUGGAGCCCGCGGCUGUACAUCACGCUGGUGCGGGGGCUCCCCGGGACGCGGCGCCUCCACCGCCGCACGCUUGAGGCCAUGCGCCUCCGCCGCUGCCACCGCACCGUCGAGCACCGCACCACGCCGUCGCUCCUCGGGAUGCUCACGCAGGUCAAGCGCCUCGUCGUCGUCGAGACGGAGGAGAUGUACAACGCGCGGAGGCAGGCGGAGGAGGAGCGGCGCGCGCCCAGGCCGCCGCUUGUCAUCUCCCACCACCCGCCGGCUCCGACUCCGAAGCCGGCAGCAGCCGCGGCUGAGGGUGCCGCUGCCACUGCGCAGUAGCCUCUGGGCAUCAGAAGCCUUUCAUGACAGUCCAGCAACAUAAUAAUUUAUGUGCCUUUUAUCAACAGAUGCUUUCAUUGGAUCCUCCUGCUCAACAAGCUCUAGCAACCCAUGCUAUAUGCAACACACACUGCAGCAUGCUACUGUUUUCAUUGGUCCUGUAUUUUAGAUUGUUAUGGGCUGAUGCCAUUGUCUUUCUAUACUUGUGGUCAAUCAAGCUCAGUGCAAUUACUAAAAUUCCUGAAAAUGCUCUUUAAGAUGUGUCAUAUUGGUUCCAUGCCUAAUUCAGCCUAAGGGAUGUCAGCCUUUAAAUUUACGGUAUCGUGAUUGUUCCAACUUCCAACCUUAGCAAAGGGGGUUGCUAGCUUCAGUUAUAAUUGCCAAAUUUGCUUCAGUUCUGAAGUAAAACUGUCUUGUAUACUCUGGUGAUUUUGGUGCUGUGCCUUCUAACUCUGAUUUUGCGCUGAAAAUGAUUAUUAGUCGAUAUAAUAGUUAUUAUA